CCAGACGGCGGCAGCGAUUUGUGUUUGGCUGAAUCAUUUCGUCCAAUCAUACCCAGAAUGCAAAGUGAGACACCGAAACCGUAGCAGUCUUCAGCUUACCAUGGCGAUAAGUGGUGCAUCUUCGUCCUGAGUCCCUGCAGCACCACAGGAUUUCUUCCUCCGCUGCAUGAAACACGGAGUCAGCCCGAUGCAGUGCGGGCUCCAGUCGGAGUUUUAACGUUACCGCGGACCGGAGAGAGGACGUCAUGGCAGCCUCGGAGCUCUAUACUAAGUUUGCUCGGGUGUGGAUCCCUGAUGCAGAGGAGGUGUGGAAGUCUGCUGAGCUCAGCAAGGACUACAAAAAUGGCGAUACUUCCCUGCAGCUGCUGCUGGAGGACAGAACGAACAUUGAGUACAAGCUGGACCCCAAGACAAAGAACCUGCCUUACCUGCGAAACCCCGACAUCCUGGUGGGCGAGAAUGACCUCACAGCGCUCAGCUACCUCCACGAGCCAGCCGUGCUGCACAACCUCAAAGUCCGCUUCAUCGACUCCAAGCUCAUCUACACUUACUGCGGAAUCGUUCUGGUGGCCAUCAACCCGUAUGAGAUGCUGCCCAUCUACGGAACAGACAUUAUCAAUGCCUACAGCGGGCAGAACAUGGGAGACAUGGACCCACAUAUCUUUGCAGUGGCAGAGGAGGCUUACAAACAGAUGGCUAGGGAUGAGAGGAACCAGUCAAUCAUUGUGAGCGGAGAGUCUGGAGCAGGAAAGACAGUAUCAGCCAAAUAUGCCAUGAGAUACUUUGCUACCGUCAGCGGCUCUGCCACCGAGGCCAACAUCGAGGAGAAGGUUCUGGCAUCCAACCCAAUCAUGGAGGCCAUCGGAAAUGCAAAGACCACCAGAAAUGACAACAGCAGUCGUUUUGGUAAAUACAUCGAGAUAGGGUUCGACAACCGCUAUCGCAUCACUGGCGCCAACAUGAGAACAUAUCUGCUGGAGAAAUCACGAGUGGUGUUUCAGGCCGAUGACGAGAGGAAUUAUCAUAUCUUCUAUCAGCUCUGUGCAUCAUCCCAUCUGCCUGAGUUCAAGUCUCUGAAGCUGAGCAAUGCAAAUGACUUCCUGUACACCAGGCAGGGUGGCAGCCCCGUUAUCGACGGCGUGGACGACAGCAAGGAGCUUUGUACCACUCGCAAUGCCUUCACUUUGCUUGGUAUUAAUGACUCCAACCAGAUGGGGUUGUUCCAGGUUCUUGCUGCCAUCCUUCAUCUGGGAAAUGUGGAGAUAAAGGAUAAAGAUGCAGACAGCUGCCUCAUUCCUCCCAACAAUCGCCACCUGACGGCGUUCUGCGAGCUGGUGGGCGUGACCUAUCAGGACAUGGCUCAGUGGCUGAGCCACAAGAAGCUGAAGACGGCUACAGAGACAUAUAUCAAGCCCCUCCCUCGUCUGCAGGCCACCAACGCCCGUGACGCGCUGUCCAAACAUAUUUACGCCAAACUCUUUAACUGGAUUGUGGAGCACGUCAACAAGGCUCUGAUCGCCAGUGUUAAACAGCAUUCUUUCAUCGGGGUCCUCGACAUCUACGGGUUUGAGACAUUUGAGGUCAACAGCUUUGAGCAGUUCUGUAUCAACUACGCCAAUGAGAAACUCCAACAACAGUUCAACAUGCAUGUGUUCAAGCUGGAGCAGGAAGAGUACAUGAGGGAGCAGAUCCCGUGGACUCUGAUCGACUUCUAUGACAAUCAGCCCUGCAUCAACCUCAUAGAAGCCAAGAUGGGUGUUCUGGACCUGCUGGAUGAGGAGUGCAAAAUGCCUAAAGGUUCAGAUGAUUCUUGGGCUCAGAAGUUGUACAACACCCAUCUAAAGACCUGCUCCCUCUUUGAGAAGCCACGCAUGUCCAACCGCGCCUUUAUCAUCCAACAUUUUGCUGACAAGGUCGAGUACCAGUGUGAAGGUUUCCUGGAGAAGAACAAGGACACUGUGAAUGAAGAACAGAUCAACGUGCUGAAGGCCAGCAAGUUUGACCUGCUAGUGGAGCUGUUCCAAGAUGAGGGGAAAGCCUCCAGCCCCACUGGUCAGGCCCCUGGGACCGGAGGCCGGACCCGACUCAGCAUCAAGCCUGACAAGAGCCGGCAAUCGAGCAGCAGGGAGCACAAGAUGACCGUCGGUUGCCAGUUUCGUAACUCUCUGCAAAUGCUGAUGGAGACUUUAAACGCUACCACUCCGCACUAUGUCCGCUGCAUCAAACCCAACGACUUCAAGUUGGCCUUCUCAUUUGAUCCCAAACGUGCGGUGCAGCAGCUCAGAGCCUGUGGUGUCCUUGAGACCAUUCGCAUCUCUGCUGCAGGUUUUCCCUCCAGAUGGACGUACCAAGAAUUCUUCAGUCGCUACAGAGUGCUGAUGAAGCAGAAGGACGUGCUCCCAGACAAGAAGUUAACAUGCAGAAAUGUUCUGGAGAAACUAGUGCAGGACCAGGAUAAAUACCAGUUUGGUAAGACCAAGAUCUUCUUCAGGGCUGGCCAAGUCGCCUAUCUGGAGAAGCUGAGGGCAGACAAGUUGCGUGCUGCCUGCAUCCGCAUCCAGAAAACCAUCCGCUGCUGGCUGGCACGCAAAAGGUAUCUGCGCCAGCGCAGUGCUGCCAUCACCAUCCAGAGGUUCACGAGAGGAUACCAGGCUCGCUGCCUUGCCAAGUUCAUGCGGCGCACCCAGGCAGCCACCAUCAUCCAGAAGUACCAGAGAAUGUAUGUGGAAAGGAAACGCUACAGACAGAAGCAGGCUGCCGCCCUGGCCAUGCAGACGAUCCUCAGAGCUUACAUGGCCCGACAGAAGUACCAGGCGCUACUCCGGGAGCACAAGGCAGUGAUCAUUCAGAAACAUGUCCGUGGCUGGUUGGCUCGGUGCUGGUACAAGCGCUGCCUUCAUGCCAUCGUCUACCUGCAGUGCUGCAUCCGCAGGAUGAGGGCAAAACGCGAGCUAAAGAAGCUGAAGAUCGAGGCCCGCUCAGUGGAGCACUUCAAGAAGCUCAACAAAGGCAUGGAGAACAAGAUUAUGCAGCUGCAGAGAAAGAUCGAUGAGCAGAACAAGGACAACCGGUCCAUCAGUGAGAGGCUACUUAGUUUAGAGAGCUCCUAUGCAGCAGAGAGCGAGCGGAUGCGAGGCGAACUGGGCCGGCUACGCGGGGCAGAGGAGGAGGCCAAGAGCAAAGCCAUCCAGGUGUCUUCGCUGCUGGAGGAACUGGAGAAGCUGAGGAGGGAACUGAGCGUCACACAGCAGGAGAAGAAGACCAUCGAGGACUGGGCGCAAACCUACAGGGACGAAAUGGAGAAAAUGGUCUCAGAGCUGAAGGACCAGAACGGCUUGCUGAAGAAAGACAAGGACGACUUGAACAGGAUGAUUCAGGAACAGAGUCAGCAGAUGACAGAGAAAAUGACCCGUGCAAUAGCCGAGGAGACUCAGCAGCUGGAGACGGAUCUGAACGAGGAGCGGUCUCGAUACCAGAAUCUCCUGACCGAACACCUUCGCCUUGAGGAGAAAUACGAUGACCUCAAGGAGGAGAUUGCUCUUUCCUCGAACGUCUCCAAGCCUGGCCACAGGAGAACAGAUUCUACCCACAGCAGCAACGAAUCAGAGUACACCUACAACUCGGAGUACACCGAAUUGGAAGAAGGUUCCCGUGCCGGCGACGAAGUUAUUCGAGGAAUAGACACCUCGCUGACCCUCAAGCUGCAGAAACGUCUCACAGAACUGGAGCAAGAAAAGCAAUCUCUGCGCGACGAGCUGGAGAACAAAGAGGAACAGUUCCAGCGGGCUAGAGCCAGGGAUGAUGCAGAGUUUAAAAAGGCUCGUGGAGCCGAGCUGGAGUACGAGUCCCUCAAGCGUCAAGAGCUGGAGUCCGAGAAUAAGAAGCUGAAACGUGACCUGGGAGAGAUGAGGCAAAGCCUACUGGGUGAUGCAGCUGCAGGCACCGGGGCUCCUGGCUCCCCAGCUUACAAGGUACUGUUGGACCAGCUCAAUGCGGCCUGUGAGGAGCUUGAGGUCCGUAAGGAGGAGGUGCUGAUCCUGCGCUCCCAGCUUGUCAGCCAGAAGGAAGCAAUGCACCACAAGGAUGAAAAGGAGACCAUGACUGAGCCAUCUGUCUAUGCUGAUGUAUCCAAACUGAAGGACACUGAUGAACUCAAGCAGGCUUAUAUAGGCCUCAAAGACACCAACAGAUCUGCUGCUCCAGACUUCCAUCAGCUGAAUGAGGACGGAGAGCUGUGGCUGGUUAAUCAGGGCUUAAAGGAGACCAUCAGGUUACUGGAGCACCAGCUGCAGACUCAGCGGAGAAGUUACGAUAAUGAGGUGGAGGUGUUGCGUGGCGAGCUGCAGAACGUCAAGGAGGAGAACAACCGUCAGCAACAGCUUUUGGCCCAGAACCUGCAGCUGCCUCCAGAGGCCCGAAUCGAAGCCAGUCUGCAGCAUGAGAUCACCCGGCUCACCAACGAGAACCUGGAUCUAAUGGAGCAGCUAGAGAAGCAGGACCGAACCAUCCGCAAGCUCAAGAAGCAACUGAAGGUUUACUCCAAGAGGAUCGGAGAGAUGGGAGCGGGUCAGACAGAGGGCCAGACGUCUCCGGGACAGAUGGUGGAAGAGCCCAUCCACCCUGUCAACAUUCCCCGCAGGGAGAAAGACUUCCAAGGAAUGCUGGAGUACAAGAAGGAGGAUGAGCUCAAACUGGUCAAGAACCUCAUCCUUGAGCUGAAGCCUCGUGGUGUAGCUGUGAAUCUGAUCCCAGGUCUGCCGGCCUACAUCCUGUUUAUGUGUCUGAGACACGCCGACUAUGUCAAUGAUGACCAGAAGGUCCGCACUCUGCUCACCUCAACUAUCAACACUAUUAAGAAGAUCCUAAAGAAACGAGGAGACGACUUUGAGACCGUCUCUUUCUGGCUGGCCAACACCUGCCGCUUCUUGCACUGUCUGAAACAAUACAGCGGCGAUGAGGCCUUCAUGAAGCACAACACCUCGAGACAAAAUGAACACUGUCUAUCCAACUUUGACCUGGCAGAGUACAGACAGGUGAUAAGUGACCUGGCUAUCCAGAUUUACCAGCAGCUGAUCAAAUGCAUGGAGAACAUCCUCCAGCCCAUGAUAGUCUCCGCCAUGUUGGAACACGAGACCAUCCAGGGUGUUUCUGGGGUGAAGCCCACAGGUCUCCGUAAACGGACGUCCAGUAUUGCUGACGAGGGCACCUACACUCUGGACUCCAUCCUGCGGCAGCUCAACGCCUUCCACUCCACAAUGUGUCAGCACGGCACAGACCCCGAGCUCAUCAAGCAGGUGGUGAGGCAGCAGUUCUACAUCAUCGGCGCAGUCACCCUCAACAACCUGCUGCUACGCAAGGAUAUGUGCUCAUGGAGCAAAGGCAUGCAGAUCAGGUACAAUGUGAGCCAGCUGGAGGAGUGGCUCAGAGACAAAGGUCUGAUGACGUGCGGAGCCAAGGAGACUCUGGAGCCUCUGAUCCAGGCCGCUCAGCUGCUGCAGGUGAAGAAGAAGACUGACGAGGACGCCGAGGCCAUCUGCUUCAUGUGCCAUGCUCUCACCACUGCUCAGAUUGUGAAGAUCCUGAACCUCUACACUCCAGUCAAUGAGUUUGAGGAGAGAGUGUCAAUUACAUUCAUACGAACCAUCCAGACUCGCUUGCGAGACCGUUGUGAGAGUCCCCAGUUGUUGAUGGACACGAAGAUGAUAUAUCCAGUCACCUUCCCAUUCAACCCUUCCUCCCUCGCCCUGGAGACCAUCCAGAUCCCCAGCUCGCUCAACCUGGGGUUCCUCACCCGUGUCUAAUCCAAACCCCACUGGACAACUCUAAGCCCUGCAGUGUUUUGGGCUUAGUGGCCCUUUGAAGUGCAAGUCACGUGAUAUCCACUGGCCCCAAAAGAUCAUACAAACCAGUCACUGCAAGAGAAAUAAAUACAUUUUGCUGAGCAUCACAAACACUUCAAAUUAGUAUUAACAUAAUUUGAGCAAUUGCUUCCAAAUAAUUGGAUCUUUUUUUUUUUCUGGUCUCCAGUUCUCUUAAAUAUCCCUGAUCUAAACCUGGACAUGAACACAUGCCAAUCUAAACACACAAACCUCACCAUAUGCAGAACUCGUACACACAUACACCCACUGAACCUACACAUGCACGCCUACACUUAGAUACACCUUCUGUCUUACAGAAACGCACAAUGAACACAGCACCCACAGUCGCUGCAGCUGGUUUGAAUCUGACUGUAAGACGCCAUUAUCCAUCUACUGCCUGUAUAAACGCCUGCCUCCUAGAGAAGCCACAGGACCUGAUCAAUCCGUCAGCACCUGGGUCUGUCUUAGCGAUAAGGACCCAGGUUACCCCAGCUCCUUCUUCUGUGUUUCAGCUCAUGGUUAAGGUAGUUCUUGUCAUCAUCUCAUUCUUCAGUGACAGUAUAUGUACCGGUACACGAGAACAGGCCCGAAAGGAGGGAAUAAGACCUUGUGACAAGGAAUUACUUGGCCACUCAUAGUCUAGCUUAAUAUGUUGGGUUGGUACUUAAUAGGGAAGGUGAAUUCUGAGUCCUAGUCUGAAGCUAACAGCGAUUCCAUGCCAGUGUGUGCAUUCUCUACCCCGUUUUGAUGUAACCAUGAACCAGGUCUCGUUCUGUAUGGUCAUUAUACACACCGAACACAGUCGAGCCAAGACAGAGCUCAUCAUCUGUACUAUAUUAUUUAUACAUAUAUAAAUAUGAAUAAUAUAUAUCACAUAUUUUAUUUAUUGCAUUUACCUUUAUCCCCUACCUUUUUUUGUUUUGUUUUUUUUUUAAGAUAAGGAGCUUUCUCUCUGCAGAACAUCUGUUUGAUAUGAAGGAUGGGGCCGUCAUUUCCCAAGAUGAACAGCUUUGUAAAGACAGUUUUAGUUCCACUGUAGGCUAUUUAUGUCAGUAUCAGCUAAAGGAUGUAGUAUAGUAUAACGAGUGCUGGCACAGAUGAAUAUUUGUUAGGUCACAUCUUAACUUAGAAAGAAAUGCUGCUUUAUUAUUAUAUCCUGCAUUUCUGGCAGAUGCUGUGUAGCACAGGUUUUAACUGAGAGGAUAUUUAGACGGUACAAGGUUUAAACUCUGCCCAGGGUUUAACCUGCUACAGUCCAUACUGUUUACAGCUGUAGCCAGAGGUGAGCGUCACAAGAAACACUGGCACAAAGACACUCACACAUAAACAUUACAGUACGGACAUUUACACUUAACUGCUUACUGCUGUAUCACCAGGGGUUUCACACUCCUCGUACUUUCUUCACCCACUGUCUUCUCUGGUCACCGCUCUUUUCAGAGCUUUGACAAUGUUUUACUAUCAGCAUCGAGUCAUUUAUUUCAGUAUAGUAAUUUUCUUAGGAUUAUGUAUAUGGUAAAGCCAUGUGUGACAGGAGCAUAGAGAGAGAAAUGGCCUCUCUGAAGUUGGUUUUGAGCAUUUUGUUUCUGGCCUUACAACAGCUUUCUCUGCUGUAUUCUCACACUAACAUGAAGUGCAGCUUUGUGUCCCGAUUCCCCUGGCGUCUCUUACCUGCCCCUGCUGUCUAUGCUGUUCUGUUAGUGGACAAGAGAGCGGCUUUCAAAGGGGCGACAUCGCUCCACACUCAUCACUCAGUCAGUAUGACUGCAGUGUGGUAUGACGUGUACAGCAUGCACUGCUGCCCUCAUCUGAUCUGCAUGGACUUGGCUCUACCUGAAUGAUCAGAUAUCAGAAAGUAACACACAUGCAGCUGCUGGCUUUUUUACACCAUAAACCUGAUGUACUCAUGGAAUGAGUGUUAGGGAAUCUGCCCAUUGUCCUUUGUCUGUGUUAAAAUUGUCCUCGCUGCCUGAUAUUUAGCACUUUUGUUUACUUUCUGUUUUGCCAUUAGCAUUAACAGUCUACCAGAUUUGCCUCUUGCCCUCACGUGAACCUUAUUUAGUCUACUGGCCUCAUCCAGUGUCAUUUCACCUUGAUAGAAAUGUUUUACGGUCAGUAGGAGGUUGUGAAUGGUCACCAAAACUGGACCUUUUUUAUUGAAAUGAUUCUUAUGAAGCAACAAACUAAUCUUACUGUAGCGAGAGUCUGGGAAAUGCUGAGAUAUCACAUACAUCACUCUGACAGGAACAAGCUACUAAUGAAAACAAGCUAAGUGGUGUAAAGAGAAACUAGUCUGAAGCUGUUUAGUGUUGCAGGUGUAUUUGAAAAUGGUUUGAUACCCUCUCAUUGGGACCAUUAAGUGUCCUUUGGUUAUGUUGGCAGGACUAAAGUAUGGUCUGGGUAAAGAGUACAUACCUGAAGAGAGAGACUGUAACUCAAAGGAGUAAUUAACCAUAUGAAUGUUUAAUAAUGUAGUGUAUCAUGAUUUUAGCUGCACAUUAUGGACAAAGCCUUACCUGAAUUAUUUAUCUGAAUGACUUACACGAUCAGCUUUGUGACAUUGCAGUAUUUUUUUCCCCAUUCUGAAUUGUUAAAUGUGAUUUUUAUUUUGAGGAGGUGUCCUUUUGUCCUACAAAUGGGUUGUGGUCAAAAUGCAUUUUUGAAGUUAGAUGAGUAAUAGAUGAAUAUGGACUGUGAAAAGCAAUGCUUCACAUUCCCUGUGUUUUCUUUCCCCUGUGACCUGUUCACCUUCCUCUGCCACAUUCCCUGUAUCGAUUGGACACUUCUUGGUAAUCACUGGUUUUUCCUGCUGUUUUAUUCAAAUAUCAGAUAAUGCAAGCCAUGGGUAGGAACUGAUACAGCACCAGCCUUCUCUGAAUCAAAGCUAUUGAGGACUGAUGUAUUGAGAGCGUAGAGUGGGAAGGUUUGCCGAAUCACAGGAGAAGUGUUUGAUAUUGCUGAGCAGAGCUGUGGCAUCUUGUUCCCCUGGGCUCUGAAACUGGAGAAAAUGUCAUUCCUUCACUCUGCAUUUUCACAUCAAGGAGAGAGUUUGUUGUAUGAUAUGACAUAGACAUAAAUUACCAUUGUUCUUAUCAGCACUAGUGUUGAUUGUGCCAUUUCAAACACUGGUUAAAACAGAAGAUAUAUCAACACUCCAGCUGUUGUGGUACUGGUGUGAACACGCUGAAGCCAGCACCAAAACGUUUCCUCUUUAAACCCAUCUGUACGUUUGACAAACUGGACUGUUUGUAGUUUCUGGUAGCUGUGCAUAGUGAAUGUGUUCACUGUUAAGAAACUUGGAAUAAAUUAUCAAAUCUGUGAAAGUAAAAUAAAAGAAUUCAGCACUG